AGCUGAAUGUGUGGCUAGCAUGGUCCAGUUCUUAAAAUUUGCCGUAUUUUUAACGGUCAUCUUCUCCAUACACGCUAAGCCGGUAACUAAAAGUAGGACCAUUCUGAAAGAAUUGAAAAAUAUUAUCAAAAACAAGGACUUGUUACCGAAAGACCAUGUUGAAGGUUCCAAACUUGAGCGUGAUGGCGAUACCAAUAAAGAUUUUCAUCACGAAGCAUUUUUAGGGAAAAUGAUCAAAGAUGGUAAACUGGUUUUUAAAAAUAUGGAUGGCUACAAAAAAUUUAUCGAGAUUUUUCAUCAAGUCGACUACAGCAARGACCACCUUGUUGACAAAGACGAACUUGCUACCUGGAUCCAUGAACGAAUUCUUGAGCAUGUAGAAAGUGCUCGCGAGAAAAACCAAGGUUUAUUCAAAUCCAUGGACAAAGAUGGUGAUAAAUUAGUAUCGUGGAAGGAAUUUAAGCAAAAGCUUCUUCAAGGGGAAGGGAAUGACWAUGCGAUUCAAGAAGAUGGUGGCUUACCUGAUGAAUAUGCCAAGUGGAAGAAAGCUGAUCUCAAUUUUGAUAAAAAGUUAGAUGUUACUGAGUUCCUGUAUUUUCAACACCCUGAAUACAACCCAGUUACUCUCAAGAAUAUGGCAGAAGAGAUGAUGGCAAAUUUUGAUAAAAACAAUGAUAAGGCCAUGUCCAUGGAUGAGUUUGUUCGUCUCCCUCCUGGUGCAGUUGACCCAGACCAGCAGGAAGCAGAGAAGAAAUAUAAUGAAGAAAGAAAAGAAGAUUUCAAGAAAAUGGACAAAAAUGGUGAUGGUAUUGUGAGCAUCCAAGAGUUGACAUCCUAUCUUGAUCCUCGUCACAAGCAACAUGCAAACAAUGAAGCAGCAUACCUUAUGAGUGCUGCAGAUAUAAACAAAAGUGGGGAUUUAAGUGAGCGGGAAAUGUUGUUACAAUAUCAGCUGUUUACAGGAAGCAGUCUCAAUAACUAUGCUGCUGUACUGCAUGAUGAGUUUUGAAGAUAUUUAUAACACUAUUGUAAUGAAUAGAGUGAUCACACUUAAACCCUGCAACUGUACAAAGUAAAUAGUGCUAUUUAAAUGUAUUAGUAUAUUGUGCAUGUGGUACGCAAAUUAAAUUGAAUUGAUUCAAAUGAAGCAUUCAACACCAUCUUGCUUCAGGUCCACUUUUAGUAAAAAAUAGUACUUAGAUUUUGUACAGUUGCAUGGUUUAAGUGCGACCACUCUACCAUCUUGCUUCAGGUCCACUUUUAGUAAAAAAUAGUACUUAUAUUUUGUACAGUUGCAUGGUUUAAGUGUGAUCACUCUAAACAAAAGGAAAAUCCAAAUGUAUGAGGCAUAGCUUCAAACAUCUAGUCAGUCAUAAAGAAUGCAUCCCUUUUUAUUCCUAUAAAAGACAUUAGAAAUAAGGCAAAUAGUGGAAUCACCAUUAAACUAAACCGUGUAACUGUACAUACUAAAUAGUACCAUUUAGUUGUAUUUCGUAAAUCAUGCACGCCUCAGUUAUGGUACACAAAUUGAAUUGAUUCAAAUGAAAUACUGCCUUGUUUCAGGUCCACUUUUAGUACAAAUUAGUACUACUUAGAACAGUUGCAUGGUUUUAGUGCGACCACUCUAGUUGACUUGAUAUAAAUCACUAUUCACAGA